AUGGUGUGGAACAACGAAAUAAUGUGCUGGGGACCCCCAAUGAUCCACCCAUGCCGACCAUCCGCCCGGAGCCGAAACAUCAUUGAGCAAAUUAACGCAGCUCCAGAGGGUACCGUUCGAGCUAUCCUACGUUAUCUUACUGGAGAUUACGAUACUAGAUUUGUGAUUGAACACCUCAUCCCAAAACUUCCACUUGACGAAUGCGAGAUGCAGACUCGUGAGGACCAGAGCAGUAGGAAGCGGAAAGCCGACACUCACACACCCGAAUAUCAAAACCCAAAAAAGAGAAAGCUGGAGAUCUGUCUUCAGUGUGAUGAGGCUUUUGAAGAGGGUGACACAUCCGCGUCGUGCCGCUACCAUGCUUCUAUGCAAUUCGAUCCCGACGCGCCGUAUUGGAAGACGAAGCCUCCUGGUAUCAAGGAAGACAGACCCAUUAACCGGAAAGUACAUAAACCCGGUUACUGGUUCCCCUGUUGUCAAAAGUAUGGCACGCACGACAAGCUUGGGUGCAGAAUAGGCCCACAUAGAGCUGCCGAUGGAGUGCGGGAGAAAGACCUCGAUAGCUGGAAAAGCUACGAGGCUUUUCAAGAGGCUAUGGGUGCACCAAGGAGGGAGGACAUGUUGUCAUGGGAGGCCCAUUGCAUUGCUCUUCGAAGGCAAGCCUCCAUGGUAGUAGAGUCUGAUUCCGAUGCGGAGGAGUCGGACUAUACUUCAGAAUCAGAUACAGAUACAGAGGAGUCGUACUCCACUCCAGCCACGCAAGAGUCAAACAGGUCUACUCCAGCUACGGAGGAACUAGCGGCCACGCAAGACACCCAGAUCCCAGAGGUCGCCAAUACCAAUGGGGAAGAUGAUUACGAAGAGGAGGGACCCAGCUGGGUAGAUGAGUGCGAUAAAGCUGGCCAGGACUUUCCUGACAUUACGGAACUGCCUAGGAAAAAAAGACGUGCCUUGUUGAGGGCUCAGGAGAUCGCUUUGCGGGAGGCCUUCGCUACCAGAGAGGCCUACGAAUCCCAUUGUAGACCUCAUCUGAAUCGCCAGACCUUGACGGUGGAGGUACGCACGAUGGUAUCGUAUACCAGUGGCCCGGGCUCAAACAGUCUCAAACGGAAGCGAGAAGAAAGCCCGGGAACAGAGCGAAGACAGAGAAAAAGACUGAUUGAGGACAGGCAUGAUUGA